AUGGUGAUGGUAAGGAUCACAUUUCCUUUGGCAACGCAUUGCCUAUUAUCCAAGUCCUGAAUGGCUGGGGAGAGUGAAAGCAGGAAGCCCUUGGCUUGUAGUAUAGACUCUUUAAGACUCCAGAUGUUGCAUCUCACCAGAGACAAGAGGCCCUUGCCUGGUGUAGCAAUUGCAACAUGCUGUGCUCAGUGGUGAAUGAUUUUAAAUUGUAUUUUAAAGGGAUGUUGUGGGGAUUAAAUGAGAAGGAGAAGUAUACCUGAAAGAGCAUCUCCUGCCCCAUCAUUCUUCCCAGGCACUGAGGUCCAGCUCUGAGGGCCUUCUGGCAGUCCCCUCACUGUGAGAAGUGAGGUUUCAGGGAACCAGGCAGAGGGCCUUCUCGGUAGUGGCGCCUGCCCUGUGUCAAGGACCAGAUGUCAAGGAAAUAAAGACCUAUCUGACUUUUAGAAGACAUCUGAAGGCAGCCCUGUGUAGGGAAGUUUUUAAUGUUUGUUGUUUUAUCGUGUUUAAUAUUCUGUUGGGAGGCGCCCAGAGUGGCUGGGGAAACCUAGUCAGAUGGGUGGGGUAUAAAUAAAUUGUUGUUGUUGUUGUUGUUGUUAAGCAUGUAUGCCACCUUGAGUUCCUUGGAGAUCAGGUGGGCUACUAACACAAUGAUUAUUAAUAAUAAAAAUAAUAAUAAUGUUGAAGGCCCCUAUAACUCAUGACGUCUGUGACUAAUGGCUGGACGCCACAGCUGAAUCUGUCCAUCUGUCAUGGCCAUCUGUCAUGGAUGCUUUAGCUGAGAUUCCUGCACUGCCGGGGGUUAGGCUAGAUGACCCUUGUGGUCCCUCCAAACUACGAUUCUAUGAUUCUUAUGAACGCGAAUCAGAAGAGCGGGCAGCAGGCAGCAGGCAGAUCUCCUCUCAGCGCCUUCCUAACCGUGUCUACUCAGAAGUAAGUCCUUUCGUAUUCCACGGAGCUUCCUCCCUGCUAAAUGGGGUUAGGAUUGUUAAGCCGCAGUCCCGUCUUUCAAGCGAGGCCUGCAGACCGAAGGCAGCCGAGAGUCCUACUGAGCCGCUCGAGGAAGUGGCGGCGGCGGCGGCGGCUCCGCCUCCUGCGCAGCACCCGGCGGCUGUCAGUGCGCAGGCACGGGUCGCGCCGAGCUCGCCGGGUGUCCAUAAUACGUGGCGUCUGAGGCUGGAACGACGCACAGGCGAGAGAUGGGAGCCGCGCGAGAGAUCUGCGGCUAACCCAGCUGCAUUUGCUCGCCCGGCAAGGAAGGUGGAGGAGAAGGCGGAUCAGGUAACCCGGAGCUUUCUUAGUUGCAGACUGCUCGUUCGCUCCCGCCGCUUUCUCUGGUUUGUUUGUUUUUAACCCUGCGCGUUACUUUCAAAUCAAAACACAGAAAAACCGAGCUUCUGGAGCAGAUCUGGGUCCGCAAGGAAGGCAGGGAGCGAAUAAUCCGUUUUUGCAAAGUGUGCGUGUGCGUUUGAGCGGGUGCUCAAUGCAUGUUGCAUACUCUGUCCUAGCAGUUUUACAGAAGGAGAGAGAAGGGCAGGAGCUCAUCUCUGCGUUUAGGAGGAGCCAUGUAGACACGGUGUUUGCAACUUGCGCGGCGAGUUUCCGUCCGGGGGAGAAAAAACCCUCACCCUUCGCUAGAAGGCUUUUUUGUUGUUUUUUAAACUUGCAGACUGCCCUUCCCCUCCCAAGGAUUUGGUGAUCUGGAGGAAGGUGUUGCGUUAUGGUUGGGGCUCGAAGGAUAAAAGAGUCCCGAAAUGGUUAGAAAUGAAGGGUGCGCAGGGGGCAUUGGAGGAAAGUGGGGUAAAGUGUCCUCUCCCGUUGUUGUUUACUUGGCAGGUAGAAAGGGGAAGGUUCUUAAAAACGUUUAAUUAAAAAAAAACACCAUAAGAAACGAAUGCACGAGUUUGCAGGCUGGAGAGUGCCUGGGACGCUGAAACUGUUGCUUGGCUCGUUUAUUGACGUUCAGGACCUUGGAGAGCUCCCGCGCGGAAGCAGCGGGACAGCAGUGAAGGACACGAGCCGGCAAAUGCCCCUGGCUGGCCUGGCCUAGAGGCAGCUUUUGAUUUAUCUUAUGCCUUGUCUAAGAAAUGUUCUCCAGCGACCUGAUUGCACAUUUUUAAACAUUGUUUUAACUGAUUUCCAUAUUUACUUUUUACAUCGUGUGACCCUCCUUGAAACCUUAAGGUGCUAUAUACAUAAAAAAUAUUAGUAUUGGUAUUAAUUUGAUUUCUAAUUAUUAUUAAACCUAACACCGCAUACUCCAUUUCCUUCCUUCCUUCUUCAUAGGCAAUAGUUCAUUGGCUCUCAUGUUCCAUGUAUUUUAAGCCUGUAACAUUGUAUCCCCAGCUUCCCCCCCCCCAUUUUUCAGUCCUGGUUCUGUGGGUCAGACCCCAAAGGAAACUGUAGCCUUCUAUUAUUAAAGUCUGCCAAUCAAAGGUAAAUCAUUUUAUUGUCAAUGAAGCUGACUGACUUUUUCCUUAUUCUGUGUGUCUCUCAAAACAUGGCUUGCAUUUAUAAUUUAUUGGUAAUCAUCUUAGUCAAAGAAGUAUUCAACAAUGACCUGCCUACCCAUUGGGGGGGACUUUUAAAGAGGAUUGAUGGGGCAGAGGCAGAGAAGAGGAUAUGAAAUCCUAUAUAGCAUUUCCCACCUCCCACAAUGGUUUGUUGGGGUACUACUGUAAACAACAGGUUGUUGCAUAAGCUGAUGGCAAAAUGUUUGUGGCAGGUGUUAAGAUGCCUUCACACAAAGAGUUAAGCAUGUGGAUUCUAAAGACCUAUGGCCCUCAGGCUAAUUUCAGGUGGGCUUCCAGAUGCUUCAGGCCCACAGUUGCUCUCUGGACCACCCCUCUGGGAAUUGCUUGAGGAAAUGGACAGAGCCAAAAAGAUGGGGGGAGAAUCCCUUUGCAAGUGAUGUGCUCCAACAUGUGUUAAUGGCAAGGGGGGGAUGGAUAGAUAGAGGGAGGAAAGGUUAAGAACCCACACACAUAGCUAUGUUAAGAUCACUGUUUGGAGAGAUGCAUGUGGUUCCUCAAGUGUUUCAGGGGACCCAGAUGUUCUUCCUUGAAGAAGUGUAGGACAACUUGUAGGACACUGCAUUUUCCCAGUGUAAAACACAGCAUGCUGAGGGAAAUGUGAUCAGCACUGUUAGCGCUUCCUCUGUGAUAGUGACUGCUGUAGAGGACAUGACAGCACAAAUAAGCAUGGGCAUCAGAAGCGGUAGUCAGCCUUCAAGGCCUAUCCAAAUUCACCUUACUUUGUUAGAUGUUGUUCUCUCCCUGUAACAGCAGAGUGCAUAAGCACUCAAACUUGUGGAGACCUGCAACGUUACUGUCGCUGCUGAAUCAGCAACAAUAAUUCCCUGCCAUUUUUGAAACCAUUUCCUGUGCUCUUAAGGCUGCCUCCUCCCCCUCUCCAGUGCAAAAAAGGACAGCCUGCCAAUGCUUUCUUUAAAAAAGAAAAACUCAGAAAAAUAUUCCCUCUCACUUGCUCUACUUGUAUAUUAUCUUUGAAGGUAGCAUUCUAUGGAUUAUCUGUUUCUUUUAUUUUAAGAAUAAUUUUUUAUUAACCGACCAAUCACAUCAAAUCAAAUUACAUAAAUUCCAAAUUACACAGCCGAAUUUUAAAUUUUUGUUGGGGGUACCCAUAUUUCAAGUUCUGAAGGGGAUCCAAUCAACUUCUUGCUUCUUAUUGCUGUUUUAAUGUCCACAAAUCUAACCUUAUGAUGUUCACAGUACAGUGGUGCCUCGCAAGACGAAAAGAAUCCGUUCUGGGAGUCUCUUCGUCUAGCGGUUUUUUCGUCUUGCGAAGCAAGCCCAUUGAUGGGAUUAGCGGAUUAGCGCUAUUAGCGCUAUUAGCGGCUUUUAGCGGCUUUAGCGGCUUUUAGCAGCUUAUCAGCUUAUCUGAUAAGCAGAUAAGCGGCUUAGCGACUUAGAAAAAGAGGGUGAAAGGGGGGAAAAAACCCAGGAACUCGCAAGACAUUUUCGUCUUGCGAAGCAAGCCCAUAGCAGAUUCGUUUUGCGAGGCACCUCCAAAACGGAAAACUCUUUCGUCUAGCGAGUUUUCCGUCUUGCGAGGCAUUCGUCUUGCGGGGCACCACUGUACUAUCCAGUCCUUUCUUCUUGUUUUUCCAUAUCUCUUGUUGUUAUUUUCAUAUAUUUUUCCUUUCUCUUUGUGACCUCUGAUAGUCUCCACAAGCUGGUUAGACAGUUUGUAAUCCUGCGUGGAUAUUUUUUUUUUUUAUCCAGUAGCCAUAUCCAGACGUUUUCCAUGUAACAUCACUUCCAUACAUCAAAACAGUCUUAGCGUCAUUAAUCUUCACCAAUCUGCCUCCUUUCUCAAAACCUCUGAGGAGGUUCACCAGGAAUGCAGUCUGAAAACAAGUCCGUUCCUUCUCUCGGCUAUAAAUCCUUUGGCAAGAUGGUGACUCCGAAUUAAUUGCUGCGCCAUUCCAAAAGCUCUUAUUGCUUCUCAAUCUCCAUAAAGCAUACUUUUGGUUAAAGUUUAUCUCCACACAGACCUUAAUCAUCCUGCUUGGGUCAGUUCAACUGACGAUUCUAAUGAGGAGGGGUUCUUGUAAAUCACAUAGAAGGAAAGUAAAAAAGGUUUCCCCCCCCCAUUCAGUCCCGUUGUCAACAUACCCAGCCUUUGGUGUAUCUUCAUCGUAAAAUAUUCCUGUUUCUCCAACCCGUCGUCUUCUUUCGCAGAGGUCACUUAAAUUAGCAGACUUCACUCCCCUUCUCCACUUGAAAUAUGUGCAUUUGCUUCUUUUGUAAUUAAUUAUUCCAAAUUGCUGCAGCUAGUGCGUGAUCAGAGACAGCAUCCAGGAGAGCCGAGGUCCACACGGGGGCAUUCUGCCUAGGGCCCCCACCCCCUUCUUUCGAAUUAGAGGGUGAUUUAUGGGCACAGCAGGCAAGGGCAGUGUUCCCCAUUUCCUUGGGGCAACAAGGGAGGCUGCCUACUCCCAUAACAGCCUCUUAAUUACCCCAUGUGGGUCGGAGAGAUGGUAUUGUCGGCCAUCUUCCAAUGCGCCCCCUAGUGGCCCCCCUAUGGAUUAUCUGUUUCAUCUGAGUGAAGGUCAUUUGAACACCUAGCCAUUUGAUAAGGGUGAAGGGUGAAUAUGCCCUCGAUUGUGGCAUUAGGGUGACUGCUGUCCUCACAGAAGGCAUGUGGGUUAACAUAAUUAAAGUCAAUCUUACUUUUUAGCUUAAAAAAUGAGAAAGUAACAAGUUAUUGCCAUUUUCACAUUAUCUGUAAUGUUAUCUGUAAGUAUAACAACAAACAAGAACUAGUAUUUUUCUCAAGGACUGCUUGUAUAAAAUAGAUUUUUCUAGUUUUAUUAUAGCAACAACAUAUGGAUGAAUUGUAAUCACUCUGUGUGAGAUAUAUGACGCAUGCAGACUUCUGAACAGUAAAGAGUUCUCACAAAAAGACUCAUAUUAAGUUCAAAAACAAGAAACUUUUAAACAGCUGACUGGCCCACAAUUAUCAAUUCCCUCUUCUAUUUUGUGGGAGUAAAAAUUACUAUAGCAGAAUCUUCUGUUUAGAAAGUUGGUCUUUGUACACAGAUGUGCUCAUUCAAAAUCUGCUAAAUUUUAUGUAAUGGUGGGCACAGCAAUACUAUCCUUAGGAAGAAGGAGACCCUAUGGUAGAGCAAGUGCCUCAUCCAUUGCCCUACUGGCUUACUAAGGCCAGGGUGAGAGGAAGGAGACAGGGUGUUUCGUUUUCCCUGCUGUUGACUUCAGUGGGAGUGUAAUGCCUACCUUAGACCAUGGGUUGGUGCAAUUUUCGUCUAAUUCUGUGGGUGUGUUGUGGUUAAUGAGUGGGCUUUGGAUCCUGCAGAUUCAAGGGCACUCCUGACAUGACCUCCUGGGAAACCAUUUUUGUGGCCCCUUACUGACCCCAGAACACCAGUGGCAGGCAGCUGCACCAGCAGAACUUCUCGUGGACAUACCGGGGAAGGUUCCAGCAGCAUAGACCCUCCACACUUACAGUUUCCUAAAGCCCCCCAACCAGACCACAUUUAGCUAUAGGAUUGCAGUCAAUAUUCUCUUUUGAGUUGCAGCUCAAGCCACAGUUCCUUUGCGUCUGCUUCUGUUCUGCUUGGGGAGGCGGGAAUCAUUUUAUGAAAUACUGAAAUAAAGGAUCUAAAAAGAGCUCUAAUGUGUUCACGUUUCCCUGGACUAAUUGAGACAAGCAUCACUAUUUUUCUUCUGUUAUGUUACUGGUUCACAUUAUACUGGUACCUACUCUCAAGUUACUCAUGAAAAUAUAAUGGAAUAGAUUAAAGAUUCAUUCAGUACUUUUUGCAACCAUGUUCUCAACAUUUAAUCUAUCUAUUCACAAAUCUGAUCACACCUGCAAUGUGCUGCUGGAGUGUAAUAAAUGCUCAAAAUCCACGCAAGGCAGCCUUUGCCAUGGCAACAGAAGUUGCUAAGGGAUUACCUACCAGGCAGCUGCAUGUUCCAAAGAUCUGAUCGUACAUUUUCUUUGUUUCUCGAUGAUCUCACUCAUUAGCUAUUCUGCUGUGAAAAGUUUCAGUGUCAGCUACAACUUGCCGGCUAAGUUAAAUCUUAUAACUAAAGGGCCAGUGUAACUUACCAUCCUUAGACAAUCUUAGAGAUUUGUAUUUUAUCCAACAAUCAAUUAGAUGCAAGCAAAUAAUACAUCAUAUAUCAACAUUUAUUUUGUAAAAAUAGAAGUCUUCCAAUGCCUUCUUUCUCCAUCGUAAGUGUGGGUUAUUUUUGCUCUGCUUCAUCCUUUCAGCUAACAUACUUUUGUGAUGAUAGUCUCUGCUGUUUUGUGCCCAGAGCAUAAGAGAAACAAGUUUCAUAAGUGAUGCCAUCCAUGGGACUAGAUGGUCUCUAAGAUCCCACACAACUCGAUUCUAUGGGGAAGCUUGUAUAGUUGACAUUAAAUUUCGGGGAGGGGGGCUUGCUGAAAACAGCCCUCCCCCACUUGGUGCCCUCCUGGUGUUGAACUGCAGCUCUCAUAAUCCCUGAACAUUGGCCAUGCUGGCUGGGGCAGAUGAGAGUUGGAGUCUAACAACAUCUGGAGGGCAUCAUGUUGGGGAAGGCUGACUUAAGGGAUGAGAGAAACCAUUCACAGGGAUUUUGCUGGUAAUUCUGUUUUCCCAGUCCCAGCCAAAGUGUUUUUGGAGAAAAUCCUCUUGCAGUUCAAACUUCAGCCAGUCCCUUGGUCCAUUGCUUGGUCCAUUGCUUUGUCCAUUCUACGUUGGCCUGGCCACAAACUGGAGCAGGCAGGUAGCAUGUGCUGGAGUUGCAGUACCUCAGAUAGCUCCAAUUGGAGUUCACCACAUCUGGAGUUCAACUGAAGCCUUCUGUCCUCCUUGGGACAGACUACACCUGCAAGGUUCAGCCCCACAUUCCUGAAGAGCACCGAGUACUAGGGCAAAACUAUAUAUCACAAUAAAUGCUUCACUGGCAAUCAGGCAUGUGGUUACAGUGGUUUUUAACAGUAAAGUCAGAGUGUGUGCACAAUUCUUCUCAAGAUCACAACACACAGGGAAGGAAGGUUUUACCGUUCUCUCCCCACCCAUGAAUCUGAUUAAAAAUGCUGUGGUUAUUGACAGGUAAAGAAGGUUACCAUUGGUGCCAGUGGGAGUCUUUUCCUUGUCAUUAAUUGUAGCGUGGGAGGUGAUUUUCACUGGGAUCACAGCUGGGGACAGAAGGCUUGCCUCUAACUUCCCUGUGUGCUGCAGUCCCGAUUAAUAUUGAGAUCCCGCACACCUGCUAUUAAAUAAACAAAAACUGCUAACGUGAUUGCCGGUCGUGCACGUAGUAUCACUUAAAGUGGUAGCUUUCUGGCCGGGAGCUCAGUUCUUUCUUGCCUGUCGUUCAGCACCUGCCUUGUGUGCUGCCUACCUUGGCAAGCAGUCACUUGUCAGCUGCAGUGCCUGAUGUAAAUGGUGCUAGUCUUUCAGUGGGUUCUGUCUCUAGAAAUCCUGGUUUGGGAGUCUGGGGCUCAAGGGACUCAGUGUAAGGGCCUGGGCCUUGGCUCAACACCUGUGGGGCUUGCGUUCUUGAUCAAGCUGCAUGCUCCUCCUCCUCCUCCUCCGACUCUUGACUGCUGUGUAAAGUCAGGAUGAUGGCACUUUCUGUUUAAUCAUGCUGCGCAUGUGCUUUUUCUUGUGGCUGCACUGCAUCAUGGAAUUGUAGUGUUAAAGCCAUAAACCCUUACAGCCUCCAGUUUGGUACGAGCAAUAUGUACACAGAUGCAGGCUUUUGGGUGCAUGACCUGGUGAACUAGGAAAUGCACAUGCAAAAAGAUGUUGACACACAUGGAUUUCAGCAGUGGGUGCAGAUCCCACAACUGGGGCAGCAUGCAUAGCUUCUGACAUGCAGUUGAGGCUGGUUAGGCAGAGGCCAGUAAUGGACACUGCUGCUGACCUAAAAACCAAGAGACUUUCCCACCAUUUUUAGUGAGCAGCUAUUGGAGGCAGUGAAGGCAAGGUAUGGUUCACACAGCUGGCACAGUACUGCAUGAGCCCUACUGCUCUCCACCUAUUCAUCCACAGCUGGUGAAUGUGUAGGAGUGCCCCACAUAGAUAUGGGCUGAUGAUGUCACCUGCCUGUGGUUGGUUCUGCUUGUCAUUCACAAGCAGAGGGUGUGAGUCACCCCAAGGCUUGGCUGCCUCUAACAAAUGCCCACCAGUGAGGAUGUGGGCCACUGUUCAGCGGCGAUUUUCAUCAACUGCUUUCUGACUCAUGGCUGCCACUUCAAGCAUUAGACUGGGAAUACAUGCAAUGCCAAACAGAUGUGCGUUGCUGUUUUAUUUGACAGCAUCAGCAUCUGUUUGGGAAGAGGGGGAACAGGAAAUAGAAUAAACUAACCAAAACAAAACAGAAAGGCAACAGGUAAAGGAAGGACAAGAGAACGGAUGGAAGAAAAAAGGAGGGCAAUGUGACCUUCUCAAUUAAUUAACUAAUUGCAAGGAUGUUCCAAUUGGCCUUCAGAUUGAUGAGACACUGGUGGAUAUCUUUACAAUCAGAAGACUUAUACAGUGGUACCUCGGGUUACAUACGCUUCAGGUUACAUACGCGUCAGGUUACAGACUCCACUAACCCAGAAAUAUUACUUUGGGUUAAGAACUUUGCUUCAGGAUUAGAACAGAAAUCGUGCUCCAGCGGUGGAGCAACAGCAGGAGGCCCUAUUAGCUAAAGUGGUGCUUCAGGUUAAGAACAGUUUCAGGUUAAGUACGGACCACUGGAAAGAAUUAAGUCAUUAACCCGAGGUACCACUGUAACUGGUGCAGCUGUGGUCGCAUUCUGACUGGGUUGGUUUUUGUUACAUUUCCUGUUAGCUGUCAUUUACAAUUACUAUUGUAAAUUAGAGCUAUGAGCCAAAGAAGUGAUGUGAGGAUCAUAUUGAGCCAUUAAGAGCUUCACCAGCUGUUUCUGCUGUGGUAGGCCCCAUGGUUGAAGAGACAAACGUUGGUUUGGAUAACAUGUGCUUUAUCUCUUCAGCAGGGAAGACUGCUGUGGCAGAAACCUCUAGCAUAGCUGGCAAAUUCUACUCACUACAACUCAACACUUCUUCGGAUUGUAGCUAGAGUCAGUUAACACUGACAAAAGUGGCUUCAUGUUGCCCGAAUAAUUAUAGUGCAUCAUUGUUGUUGCUGUUUUCAUCAUCAGUUCUUAUAGACUGAAACAAAUUAAAAAGCCCAAGGAAAGAAAGACUUCACCUGGCUACUAGCCAUGAUGGGGGGCUACGUGAAGCAUGGAGUCAGAGCCCUGUCUCCACAGUCAGAGGCAGUAAUUCUUCUGAAUAGCAGUUGCUGGAAACUGAUGAGAGUUGGACUCCUUCAACAUCUGGAAGCCACAGGUUCCCCACUCCUCUCUUUGAUGUUUUCCCAUGUUUGCACCUUCUAAUGGGAAUAUCCACAGUGCAUCUCCUCACAGUAUUGGGCCACAAAUGGUGUAACAUUGCUACUCAUGUCAUCCUUUAAGUCAGGCAUGGAGAAACUUUGGAUCCUCCCAAGUGAUGCUGAACUCCUAUCAUACCUUUCCAUUGUGAACAUGAAAUUAUCAUGCUUAAAAUAAAAAAUGGCUGUUUGUCUCCCUGGUAUACCAACUGCUACACUCUUUUGGGGUUUCAAGUUAUUGGAAUCCCUUGAGUGCCCAUGACAAAGAAAUAGCAAUGUGUGUUUUACAGCAGGAAAACAAACUUUCAUAAAGAAUUGACAUUCCUCAACCAGUAGGAGAAAUACCACAUAGCAGGCAGCCAACAUAGUACGUAAUGUACUUUAACCUGAAACCUUGAAAGAAUUUAAUCCGAGGGAUUUGAGGAUUGUUGUCAUAGUGAUGGAAAUAGCAGCAGUCAGUCUGUGCUGAAUUCUGUGACUUCUGUCUGAUUUCUAUAUCAUUUAAAAAGGAAGGUUGACACUCUUCUCCAUCAUAGGUAAUGUAUGCAGAGCUGCUGUUCUGCAGCUGGCUGCUAGAAUGAAUGACUUGACAGGAAAAGGACAUGAAACCUUAUCCACUAUAAGAAAUUAAAUUUAGAAACAGGAGUUGUGGAGAAGAAAUCUUGCUUUAGAUCAAAGUGUCUCAAUGAGUUUCAUAAAAGGAAAUCACACGCUAUUUUUAGGAUGCCAGGUAAAUUUAUUCAGUGCUGAUCUUACUCACACUUUCCGAUUCAUAUAAUCCUACUAAAUGCAUCACAGGGAGAAAAGUCAAGCUCUGCAGCAGAAGCUUCUGGCUGGCACUCAGCCAUUGCUAAUGGUGUAGUAUAUUAUAACAGCUGUAUUGUGCUGCAACUCCAAUAAUUUCCGCAGUGUUGCUUCUGAGUUUUGCAUGGAUUAACGUAAGUAGCUUUUUUAAAAAACAGAAUAUUUUAUUUUAGUUAUUGGUAGGCAAGUUAGUUCAACCUUUUAAGGACUAUUCAGUGCUGCUGAUUAUUGGCAACAGGUAUGAGAAAUUGUCUGUUAAGCAAAUGCCUAUUUCAUAGGGCUGGUCAUUCUCUUGGGGCAUGAGUCCAUGAUCAAAGGCAGUAAGCUAGCCAAUUCAAAAUCUUUCUGGGCAGGGACUGUGAGCAGAGCCAGCGAGGGAUGUCAAGCUCUUUACAAAGGUGAGAAAUUAUGAACAUUGGUCUGAGUCAGACCAAAGCUUAGUAAUGUCUCCUCUGCUCACUUCCCAAGACAUUAGGCAGAGAUCCUUCCCAGUCUUGCUAUCCGAUUAGCCAGAGACCUCCACAAAUCAGGCACACUGCUUCAGAGCUGCAACCUUACCCUUUAAGAGUACAUUCAAGAGACAGGGGGCUCUUGGUGUUAUGUGUAGAAACAAAGAGGGGAAUCAACUAGGGUGAGGACUUGCAGACUGAGGGUCAAACAGACAUGAUGUGGACCUUGGCAAAAGGCACUUAGCCAUAAAAAAAUAUUCUUGAAAAUACUGACGUGUUGGACCUAGAAGGUUUUAACAACGUAUUUGGGUGGCAUGCAUAUUUGUGGUAUGAUAAGAUUAAAGCACAUAAAGCAUUUAAAAACCAUAUUGUCAGAAAAACACUGUUUAAUGUCUGGAUAAGAUAUAAGGACUUGCUUGAAAAUAAAACCCCAAGGUGGCUGUCACCAAUGGAAGCGAAGGCUCAGAAAAAGCUCAAUAUGGAGGCCAAUUGGCCGAAAUAUUGGGAAAUUUUGGAACAAGAGGGACAGAUUAAAAUUGCAAAGUUUUGAAAAACUAAAAAUAGAGUGCGAGAUUGGCUCCAUUAUUACCAAAUAAUGGAGGCGUACAAUUUGGAUAAAAUAAUUGGCUUCCAGGUGGAAAAAUCAAAAUUGGAAACAGAACUGUUAGAUCCCCAAACUAAGAACUUGUCAAGAAUGUAUAACUUGCUGUUGAAAUGGAAUACUCAGGAUGAAACGGUGAAAUCAACUAUGAUUAAAUGGGCGCAAGAUGUAGGACAUAAUAUUAUGAUGGCUGACUGGGAACAGUUAUGGACCACGGGUAUGAAGUUUACGGCUUGUAAUGCCCUAAGAGAGAAUAUAAUGAAAAUGAUCUGCAGGUGGUACAUGACACCAGUCAAGCUUGCAAAAAUAUACCAUUUGCCCGAUAAUAAAUGUUGGAAAUGUAAAGAGACUGAAGGCUCAUUUUUUCACCUUUGGUGGACGUGCCCAAGGAUUAAGACAUUCUGGGAGAUGAUUUACAAUGAAAUGAAAAAGGUAUUUAAAUAUACCUUUCUGAAGAAACCAGAGGCCUUUCUCCUGGGCAUGGUCGGCCAAUUGGUGCCAAAAAAAGGAUAGAACUUUUUUUAUGUAUGCCACAACAACAGCAAGAAUACUCAUCGUGAAGUAUUGGAAGACACAAGAUCUACCCACCCGGGAAGAAUGGCAGAUGAAGGUGAUGGACUACAUGGAACUGGCGGAAAUGACCGGUAGAAUCCGAGACCAGGGAGAAGAGUUGGUGGAAGAAGAUUGGAAGAAAUUUAAAGUUUAUUUACAGAAACAUUGUAAAAUUAAGGAAUGUUAGAAGGAUGUUGGAAUGAAAUAAUGCGGUUUUAGCAGAAAUGCUAUAAAGGAUUAAGAAAAAAUAGAUUGCUAAAUGGUGAAGGAGGGAAAGUAAAGUUACAUUAUAUUAAGAUAAAAUAGAGGACAAAAACUGGAAAAGAUGGAAAGGAUUUGCUGAAAUAGCUAAUGGAACUAGAAUACAAAAAAAGGAGGUGUGAGGAGGUCAAGGAAAUAAGCAAAUGAAAGAUAAGUUAUGGGAAGAUUCAUUGUAUUUUUUUUCUUUUCUUUUUUCUUUUUUUAUUAUUGUGAUGUGAUGUUUUGUUUUUCUUUAAUAUGCUGUGUCAGGGAACUGCCAUCGGAAGGAAGGGAGGUGAAAGGACUCAGACAGGUUGGAAGAGACUCAGCAGCUGAAGAGGGAACCAGCAAGGGGAGAGAAGCUGAACUGAGGGAGGUGAAAGGGCUCAGACAGGUUGGAAGAGACUCAGCAGCUGAAGAGGAAACCAGCAGGGGGAGAGAAGCUGAACUGAGGGAAAGGGAGCUUGGGGGAUGGCUCAGAGAUACUUCCAGCGAAAACAGUGGUGAGGUUUCCGGACCUCCUGUAGGGACACCCACUCCUCGCCGGAAACUGUCACGCAGAGAGUCCAGAAGACGUGUUUCCGUUAAGGAGCUUUUAUGUUGGAAGCGAUUACGAAAGCAACCACUGUCGGAAUCUUCUAGUGACUAGAGGAGCCAUGUCAGAGGGGCUCAGUCACAGACAGAGGUUUGUGGACUUGAACAAACUCUGAGGGAAUACGAUUUUACGCACAAGCAGCUCAUCUUCCCCUCACAGCAUUCCGACAGACACUGAACGCAGCUUGUGCAGGAGAAGGCAUAAUGAGCAACCCAGCAGGAACCGGAGAAGCAGGGGCUGGAGCGGGUCCAAGCCUGGAAGAAAGGUACCGGGUGUUGGAGGUCCAGCUGGCGCUGCAGACGGCGAGGCUUGAGGAGAGGAGAGCUCAAGAUGCAGACGAAAGGGAGAAAGCCACCCAGCUCGCCAGAAAGGUACCAGGAUUGGUGCAGAAAUUUGGGGGGGAGCCCAAAGACUAUCAUAGCUUCGGACAGAAAUGCAAUAUGCCCUCAAUCUGCAGUUUGAUGAUUUCCCUGAUGAGGAAUCACGAGUGGCUUUUGUGAUUGGGCAUCUUGAAAAGGGGGCGAGAGACUGGGUUAGACCCCUGAUGGCAGCGCAUAGUGACGUCCUAAAGGACACGAUGAAGUUCUUUCGCGCCAUGGAUCUGAUGUUUUCCAGCGAUAUUGAAAAGGGAGUGGUGCGCAGACAGUUAAUGGCUUGCAAACAGGGAAGCCGAUCUGUACGUGAGUACUGGACUGAGUUCACCAUGCUGAUACACAGAUUGGGGUGGGACUUAUCGGCGGAACCCAUUCAAAUGCUCUUUGAAGAAGGGCUUUCUUCGGCUGUGAAAGAUGAACUUCUGGCGCCUGGCGGAGUCUAUGGACCAGCUGACUAAAUCAGCGCUGGCCAUAGGAGCGCCAGGAGGCGUAGAGCAUUGGAGAGGCGGAAGGGAAAGGGGAACGUUGGAAGGAGUUCCGCAUUCGUGCAUUCCAGAGCCAACUUCUCCCUGUGGCCAGAGCUGGAGUGAAAUUUGGAAACAGGCGCGCGCGCAGUUUCAAAGCCCAGGAGGGGGGAAAAAGGAGUGGAAAGGCGCCCGGAGGUCGCAUUCCCCUGCCAACAGCCAGGCACUUUCGGCCAGAGUCUGCCCUAGAGGAAGGAAAUGGCAGUGACAGGGAGCUGUGGAGGGAAGAGAUGGAAAAACACCGGAGCACCAGUGCCAACGCCUGGCUGCCAUUGCCGGGCACAGCAGCCAGGCCAAAGAGCAGGAAAGUGCUCACGCUAGAACCUUCCUAAACCCACUUCCUAGUGAUAGAAGUGACACUAGAGCUGCCAAACGGACACCUCUAAAGAUAAAGGCGCUUGUUGGAUCACCCAGGCAGCUCCUGCAAUUUCAUGAGCAAAGAGUUUGCAGCUGAACACCAGAUACAGACGCUCCCUUUAAGCAAACCCUGCAGGUAACGCCACGACCACAUGGCAGGGAGCUGUUGGGAUGAGAAGUCAGCUUGCAGACCCGUCCUAAUGAUAAGGAAGGUGGCAAAGGCACAAUCAACCAAUAGCAUUUAAUGUGGCCACCUUGGAGGAUUCUAUUAUAUUGGGAUGAGCUGGCUAGCGUUACACAUGAUCCGCUGGUGGGCUGGCAGAUCAAAGAGUGGUUUCUUUUGGGUCAGCACAUUGCUUAGAACUGCAAAGAGGGAAAGGUUUGCAGGGGUCGCCAAUUCCUAGCAGGGACUGAAGUAACGGAGAACGGAAGGCACCACAAUACGCAGAUCUCCGCGACGCUUUCUGUGAUGGUGAAGGGAAGGACCAACCACCACCGCACAGAGCCUUGGACUGUCAAAUCACCUGCUCCUCAGCACAGCCCUCAGGGGUGCUGUAAUACCAUGUCAGACAGGAGAGACAGGAGCCAAGAGUAUUCAUUGACAAGAACCUGAAGAGGAGGGUUCAUCAGGAGAGUCCAGGGGCUAAGAGCCCAGUGUUUUUGGACAAAAACACGAACAAGCCAGGAAGACCGGUGUGGGACUUCAGGGCCUUAAAUGCUGUGUCAGAACCCGGGGCCUUCCCGAUGCCCAGGGAUUGACGACACAUUUUGACAAGGUGCGGAAGGGAAAGAUUUCACCAAGCUGGACGAAGGGGGCGACACCUGGAUACGAAUAAGGAAGGAUGAAUGGAAAACCACCAUGUCACCCCUUAGGGGCAUUGAAUAUUUUGCAUGCCCUUCGUCUACAAGCAGGUCUCCGCAACAUUUCAAUCGCUAUGAACCACGUCCUGGGGCCGUUGCUUACAAGAAUUGUGUGGCCUCUUGCAGACGACGGCUGGUGUGGCCCUGGAGAAGGAGGAGCAGCAUGUGAGAGAGACGUCAGAGAAGUGUUGGAGCAGGCUGCGGGGUUGGGCCAGGCUGUGGGUGAAACUGGAGAAGUGGUCAGUUUCAUCACCAAGGAGGUGGAAUUCUGGUAUCGCCUGUCUGGAUAAGGCUGGCCAUAAUCCCGGCAAGGUCCAGGCAGAUUGGAAUGGAAAACACCCAAAAUAAGGAAGGAUGUGGCAGAGUGUUUUGUGGAUUUGGGAACUUCUAUCAAGUUCAUCCUAAACUUGCUUCACCUGACGGCUACGACAUGACUGUCUCAGGUGCAAGAAGAAUGCUUGGACGGAGGAGGCGGAGCAAGCAUUUGAGGAACUAAAAAAGGGCCUUCGCCGGAACAACAGCCCUGCAUGUGGAUUUACAAACCGAUGAGAGUGGAAACUGGACGCAUCAGACAGAGCUGCUGGGGCGGUAAGCCCAGCCAGGAAGGAGAGGCCAGAGUGAGACCGCUUUUUUUUUCAAAGCUGAACAAACUGCAGAGGAACUAUCGUAUGACCGAGAACAACUAGCCAUUCAUGAGGCGUCUGAGAUGGAGGCACCUAAUUAAGGCAGAAUAUAGCAGGUGCAAGUGUGCACUGACCACUUGAACCUAGAGUAUUGGAGGACGGCAGGAGUGCUCAACCAACGGUGCUGAGGUGGGCCCAGAAUCUCUCCAAAUCUAACUUUGAGAUUUGUUACGCAAGAAAAUCUAGAGAAACAAUAGGGCGGACGCUCACGCAAACCUGAAUAUUUGGGAGGGGAGGAGCACCAAGAGAGACAUGUCAUUCCAGAGGACCGCUGGGUGUGUGGGGAGGCAUUGGUGGGACAAAGAGAAUCAGAAGAAACAGAGAAUGAUGAAUACGCCCAGAAUAAGCCUGUAGAGGUCUAGGAUGAGGGAGAGGAAUCAAGGCUCUGAGAAAGAAAUGGAGCUUUUGUGGAUACAAAGGCACUGUAUAUCCCUGGGAAGGAGACUUAAGGAGGCAUCAAGCAGUUGGCAUGACAGCCCCACGAAGGGCAUUUUGGGCAACACAAAACCACAUGUGGUUGGUCACCAGGAAUUUUGUGGCCUAAGGCAGGAGGAUGUACGUGAGUAUGUGUGAGGGUGCGAGCAGUGCCAGCGAGCCAAAGGUGCCAUGGCGCCAGCGGGCUAUUAGAACUCUUACCUAACACCAGAACGACCUUGGGAUAGUGUUUGAUGACUUAUGACUGGAUCUGUCAAGUCCAAAGGGAAAACAGCCAUCAUGGUGGUAGACCCACUAACAAAGAUGUGCCACUUUAGGCUUGCCCAAGAUGCAGUCACGGCGAAGAGACAGCGGGUUAUUUGUAGAACACAUUUAGGUUGCACGGGGUGCCACUGGAGGGUGGUCUCAGACCGGUGAAAACAACUUACCUAGGUUCUGGAGGAAGCUCAUGAGCUUACUGUGGAGGUCAACUUUUCGACGUCUCGGGCCCUGAAACCAACGGGCAGGCGGAAAGUGAAAACGGUGCCCUCCAGCAAUACCUGAGGUGUUAUGUCAAUGACAGAGAGAAUGACUGGGUAGGAAAGUUGGCGCUGGCGGAAUUUGCCUACAACAAUGCCGAGAAUGUGUCCACAGGGAUGAGCCCCUUCUUGGCUAAUUAUGGGUGUCAUCCCAGGGCUUUCCCAGGUGGAGAAGGGGAGAGAUGGAGCGUACCGGCAGCCGAGCAUUUUGUAGAAGAAAUGGAAGCAAUCCACCGUCAGCUCCAACUCAACUUAGAAAGGGCGAAGGAAGAAUACAAGAGGCAGGCAGACAAGAACCGAAGGGAAGGUGAAACCAUAAGGGUUGGAGAUAGGGUGUGGCUGUCAACCCGAGGGUUGCCGUUCAAAGGAGGUUGUAAGAAAUUAAGACCCAGGAGGUUAGGUCCCUUUGAGGUCAUUCAACAGGUCAACCCAGUGGCUUUCAGGCUCCGGUUACCCAACCACAUGAAACUGCACCCAGUAUUUCACAGGUCGUUACUGUCACCGUACGAGGGGACGAGAAGGGAUGGCCACUCGGGGACCGGUCAUAGAAGAAAGAGAAUGCAGCAGUCAUGUGGCAGAAAUCCUUGAUGCCAGGUGGAAGGGAAUCAGGUGGAGUAUUUGGUAGCGUGGGAAGGAGAACCGAGUCAGAAAACACGUGGGUAAUGGCCGAAGAUAUCAAUGACGAGGUAUUGAUAGAAACGUUCCAUCAAAGGUUCCCGAGGAAACCUCAGCCUGUGGAGAGGUUCCGGAGGGAAUACUUUGGGACCACUGAGGAGGAGGAGGAGUUGGAAGGAUUCCCAGAAUCGGAAGGGGAAGGGGAGACGGACUCGGAGGAGGAGGAGUGCUUCGAGACCAGGAACCGCAACAGGUGGAGAGAAGUGUUCGAGACAUCGGAAGAUGAAGGAAGUUCAUUCCGGGGUUUUGCCUCCUCACCGCCCGUAGAGGAGGGGGCGAGAGGGGGUGAAGGGGGCCCUGGAGGGGAGGUGGAUGUCAGGGAACUGCCAUCGGAAGGAAGGGAGGUGAAAGGACUCAGACAGGUUGGAAGAGACUCAGCAGCUGAAGAGGGAACCAGCAAGGGAGAGAAGCUGAACUGAGGGAGGUGAAAGGGCUCAGACAGGUUGGAAGAGACUCAGCAGCUGAAGAGGAAACCAGCAGGGGAGAGAAGCUGAACUGAGGGAAAGGAGCUGGGGGAUGGCUCAGAGAUACUUCCAGCGAAAACAGUGGUGAGGUUUCCGGACCUCCUGUAGGGACACCCACUCCUCGCCGGAAACUGUCACGCAGAGAGUCCAGAAGACGUGUUUCCGUUAAGGAGCUUUUAUGUUGGAAGCGAUUACUGAAAGCAACCACUGUCGGAAUCUUCUAGUGACUAGAGGAGCCAUGUCAGAGGGGCUCAGUCACAGACAGAGGUUUGUGGACUUGAACAAACUCUGAGGGAAUACGAUUUUACGCACAAGCAGCUCAUCUUCCCCUCACAUGCUGUUUUUUAAUUUUUUCUUUUUGUAACUCUUUAAAAUUCAAUAAAUAUUAUUUUAAAAAAAAUAUUCUGUGCUCACUGUGUUACAUUUAACUGCACUUAAAUCAUGCAUUGGUUCAUCCAUGUAUGGCAAUAGUGUCAUUGGUGUGUCUGUUCGGAUUACUGAUCACUAGUAGGCUAACUUCACCUGAAAGCUGGCCAAUGCACUUGCAUGCUUUGAAUGCUUAUGCAGGCAAGUGUUUACUCAUGUUCUGCAUCACAUCCAUGGUGAAAGAAAGGCAGGCUAUAAAUCCUGUCUUCAUAUUGCAGCUACUGUGGGAAGGGCAGUGUUACCACAUGUCCGUUUUCGCAUUCUGAUUCACUAUGGACUCGGUUAGAUUUAUUCAUACCACUACAAACCUUUUUUUUAAAAAAAAUGUUUUGAUAGGUGCUAUACUAAGUAUCAUGGCAACCUAUCCCUGUUAAAUAAAACCCUUUGUGGCUAGCCAAACUUCUUGGAGAUUUACUUUUUUUCUGAGUUGUUGAAGGCAACAGCGAUGGGUGGAAAUAUUAGGGUGGGGUAUAAACAGAUUGCCACUGGUCCUGCUUCCUGUCCAGUCCUCCCAGCAUUGCACACUGGCUUUGCAAAGGACUUUGCUGUGCCAGCCCAUCAUCCAGGUUGUGUCUGGCCCCCAACACAAUGCCACCUCUUGCUGAAGUGGGAAGAUCCAGUACUGAACUUAGGGCCCACCUAAUAUUGAGUCAGAUCAUUGUUCUAUCUAGCCCGGAAUUGUUGCUUGACCCAAGAGUCUCCAGCAAUAGCAUUACCCACCUUUCCCACCUGAAAUCCUUUCAACUGUAGCUCACAGCAACUGAACCUGAUAUUUUCUAUUGGAGAUCUAUCACUGAUCUGGGAAUCUUCUUUGCGGGAGCAACUGUAUAUAUGGCAGACCCAUUACCAAACUUUUCUGGGGGGUUUUAACAGCACCCUUUCAGCCACCUGGCCAUUCCUGCUUUCUCUUAAUGCAUUUCCAUAGUAUAUGAGAGGACACCCCCUUAUCCUUUGCGUCUCUGUGCAGCAAUUGGUCAACCUAAACUAAUCCCAGCCUUUUCUAUGGUUGUGCUCUCCACUGUCAAUGCAUUCUGAGCAUCUCCAAGGGGAGAUGGAUAGUUUUAACCCGAGGUGCUUGGUUUUGUACUGACGCUUUCAUUGUGAAAUGUUAAGGGGGAAACUACUAUGAUCAGGACCCCUGAAGGGUCUGAUCGUACAAUUGCCUGGAGGGUUUUCUUCAUGGGAUAUCUUCCCUAUCAAAAUGUCACCUCUAUUUUUACUUUGCUUUCCUGUGAGCUGUGCCAUGCCUCUGUGGUACUCUAUUGUCUGACCUUUUUCAUUGCAGGGGAGAAGGAUGAGUGCUUAUGCUGACAUCUGUGCAUCCAAGCAGGCGCAGCAGGGUACCCCGGAAGGAGGUUACCAGCGCUAUGGAGUUCGCUCUUACCUGCAUCAGUUUUAUGAGGACUGCACAGCAUCCAUUUGGGAGUAUGAUGAUGAUUUUCAGAUCCAGAGAUCACCAAGCAGGUGGAGCUCUGCAUUCUGGAAGGUAACAGCUACCCAGUAUUUCUCCUGCAGCAGGUCCGCAUCAACUAUGACCUGAAAAGCCAGGUGGAGCCUCAUCAAACAUGUAUUGUGGCCUUCCAGAUGCCAGAUGUUUUUGCAGUUCCGGGCAGGCAGCAAACAAGGACAUUUCCUGAGCCCCUGAUUGACUGCAUUUGGCCUAGUGGCAGAGCUGCAUUGUAGUGUCAGUAUAUUGUAAGGAGGGAGAAUCCUCUGGAGUGUUAAAAUUGUGGAAACAAACAGACCAUAUUUUCACUGACCAAAAGCAGGUCCAGAUUUUCAGAAGUAAUUGAUCCAAAUUCAGCUUUUUAUCUCUUCAGACCAUUAAAAUAACAAUAAUAAUAAUGAGUGUCAUUUUUUAGAAAAAGGAAGGAUGUGCAUAGUUAACAUAUUACUAUUAAAGGCAAUCAAACCAUUCCAUCAGGUUCCAUUCCCCCCCAUAUUACAUAGCUACAUUCCGAAUGAGUUCAAUUCAGAAUCACAGAGCUGCAGUGCAGGAACCUUUUUGCCCAAGAAGGAGCUCGAACCCAGGACCUUGAGCUUAAGAGUUUCAUGCUCUACUAAGACACCUUUUUCCAAGUUCAUACACACAUAUGCGCCGCACCCCAAGAAACUUAAUUUGAAUUUAUUGGCACUCUUCUAUUUUAAUUUUUAAAAGGUAAGAUUAUUCUGAGUGUGCCUUGUGCUCAAAUACUGUUGAUGUUACCAGAGCUUAGGUAUCUGUCACUAUGCACUGGGUUGCAGCCUUCAUGCAUAAAUAAAUCUUAUAUUAUUAAUCCAUGUAACAAGUUAUGGCAUAGAUUAUUCCCCAUUUUACAGAACUGAAUACUCAACAGAUCCACAUUUGGGGGAAUUUGACUAUUGGUGCUCCAAAUUCAAAAAUUCACGUAAGCUCGCUUCACAGUAAGAUGAUGAAAAUAUUAGAAAGAUUUAUGGGCCUCAGCAAGUCUCCCCUAUAAUAUCUGGGUAGGGGAAAAAUAAUGCCAUGAGAACAAAGAUGAGUGGGUCAAAUGUCUGCCAUUUUGAAGCUCCCCUAUUUGGUAAAUUCUGGGGUCGCAGGAGACUGGUGACUGCCUUUUCCCUUGCAAUGUCCAUUUCCUCUCCCAAAAUUGUGUUUCAGAUCCCAUUUCUCAGGAGCCCACAUAUUUAUAAGCCUACAGAUUUAUUUAUGGACAUGAACACUUCCUAUUUCUGCCCACAUCCCUGCUGAAUUUCCAUUGUCUGUGUAUCCAUUAACUGCUUACGGAUGCAGUUAAGGUUGUGAAAAUCAUCUGUCGACUUGAAUUCUACAUGACAGAAGCCUCCAGGGGCUCACAAUGGCACUGCACGUUUCAUUGGUGUGAUGGCAGAUGUCAGUGACAUGUCACGUAGAUUUAAUAGCUAAGACUGAAAACAAUAAAGCAAAAAACUGCCAUCGCGGCUUUGCUGAUUUCUGAAUCUUCUUUGUCUUCUAGGUCGGACUCAUCUCAGGGACGGUGUUUAUGCUGACAGGGAUCAUCGUUCUCGUCGUAGGUUUUCUUGUGCCACCCAAAAUUGAAGCCCUGGGAGUAGAAGAUUUUGUGGUGGUGGAUACACGUGCAGUGCAGUUCAACAGAGCCCUUGACAUAUGCAAGUUGGCUGGAGCAAUAUUGUUCUGCAUCGGAGGAACCACAAUGGCGGCCUGCUUGCUGAUGUCUGCGUUCGCUAAAAGCUACUCCAAAGAAGAAAGGUACCUGCAGCAGAAAUUUAAAGAGAGAAUUGCAGACAUCAGAGCCCAUGCACACCCUGUCACCAAAGCCCCGGCACCUGGAGAAUCCAAGAUACCCGUCACGUUGUCCAAAGUUCAAAAUGUCCAGCCGUUAUCUGAAACCUGA